AUGGCUAAGAUGGGAAUGAAGCUUCUGGCCCUGAUCUCCGCGCUCUGUUACUCGUUCGUUUGGGCCACAUCCAAGGCUGGCUGUCCGUCGGGCUUUACCCUCAUGGGGGAGAAGUGCUAUUACGUGUCCAGAGAGCCUGCCAACUGGUUCAACGCCGACCGCAAGUGCUUCAAUAUGAGUUCUUCGCUGCUGAUAUUCAAUGACGCCAAGGAGAUGCAGCUACUGACGAGCAACCUUCAAGUGCUUGGGUUUCCCUUUAAGGAGAACUGCACCACUGACUCCAUUUGGACGGGCCUGACGGCUUUGGGAAAGGGUAAUCGAUUUGUCAGUCAUCGCGAUGGGGGCACCGUUGAGUAUACGCCAUGGUGUGCCAAUCAGCCAAAUAACAUAACCACAAAGGAGUGCGCCGCCUACGCCAACUUGAAUGAGUUCGGAUACCACAGCAUAGAGUGCAGUUCUAAUGAAUUUCCAUUUGUGUGUGAAACCAAGAAGUACAAUACAGAGGCGUAUAUGUGCUUGAAGAAGGAACAAUACCUUGAGGUGGAUCUAGAAGUUUAA